CCUCAAUAUAAUUGUCAAAGUGAAGUGUUUAAAGACAAGCUUUUCAGGCAGACAUGAAGUUAUUCGGAAUCAUAGUCCUUGUUGCUCUGUUGAUGGUGGCAUCAGUUACAAUGCCAGUUGCUGCCUCUGGAAAAUAUAGGAAAGGAUAUAAAGGGUAUAAAGGAAGUGGAGGACAUUCUGGUGGAGGGCACAGUGGUCAUGGCGGUAAAUAUCACGGUGGAAGUUACCGAUAUAAAGGGUAUAAAGGAAGUGGAGGACAUUCUGGUGGAGGGCACAGUGGUCAUGGCGGUAAAUAUCACGGUGGAAGUUACCGAUAUAGAGGAUGAUACUUUGAAAACAGAAAUAAUUGUUCUUAUUUGAAAUGAAUAAAAUAAUAACUUGUUGA